AUGAGUAUUGCAGAUUUUGACAAGAUCGUAAUUCGCCGAAAGACAAACCAAAAGAAGAAGAAAUUGCGUGUGGGUCUCAACGACCUUGACAAGGACAUGAAGGACAUGGGCAGUUUGUCCAAAGGACUUCAGCAAGUUGAAAAGACUGGUAACAACAUUUCGCUUCACUUGAAAAUCUACUUAGCGAACAAGGACACCAUUAACCUCAAUGUUCAAGACACCUCUAAAGUUGGUGAAGUUGUUGAACAACUUAAGGCGAAACUUGGCUUAACCUUUAACAUCUUUUUCCUUUGCGAGUUGAAGGACGACUCUAAAGUCCCAAUUAAGUAUUUCAACAACACUAAGACAUUGUUCCAAGAAAAGAUCAAUGACUCGACGAUAUUAGGGUUUAGAAUGCAAUGGAUUGCUCCAUUCAAUGCGAGCCAAAAGGGUAAUGACAAGAAUACGGAUUAUAUCUUCCAGUGCUUGAAGAGUCGAAUGUUUUACGAGAGGUUCCCCAUCGAACGUAAAAUUGCGAACGCUCUUGUUGCUGUUGCUAUUCAAAUGACACUUGGCAAUUACAGGGAACAAGAGUCUUCGCUCAUCGAUAUCACGCAAUUCUGUAACCCGUUGGUCCUUGAGAAUUUCGGAAAGGAGAAUAUGCUGCGAUCGUCUAUGAGCAUCCACGAGAAGUUGAAAGGACAAACGAACAUCACAACACUCAAACAAAGCUUCAUACAAAUGGCACAAAGAUCACACUCUUUUGGCGCAACGUUGUUUGACUCUGUGUUGUCUGGGAAGAAGGUACAUAUUGGAAUAGUCUAUGACGGUAUCAUUGUAUACCUCUCCGAGUUGAUUGAAGACCUCAAUUUCUACCCAAUAGCCGAUAUUAAAUCGGUGUAUUCGACGGGAGACUCUGCUGUUGUCAUCUUCAAGAACGGGAAGAAUCUCCAAAUCAAAACGGGAAGAGUCGACAAAUUGGUUCAAUUGUUAUCGGGCUAUUUCUAUAUGGCUGGAGAGACUUCUCCAGAUGUGGAGAAACCACAAAGCCUCGAUGUUGCGUUGUCAGACAAGAUCUUUGAUAUUUCGGUGAAAAGAAACGAAAUUGUCUUCUUGAAGAAUCGACUUGCGUACUUCCACGAAAACGUCCAGGUCGCUGCGGCAGACGCAUACCUCGAUAUGAUUGUACCUAAGCGUGUGUUGGCAGCCAUUUUAACGGCUAUUAAACAAAACUCGAAUCUCACCUCCAUCAACUUUGCAUCGACCAAUUUAUCAAUCACACAGUUCACAGUAUUUGCGCAAUCGAUUGAUCGAACAUUCAAGUCAAGAGGUGGGAAAGACGUGCAAGAGACUUUCAACGCACAAGAGCUUUCACUCUCGGACAACUUCGAGUUGGGAAAAACAAAGGAAUUUGGGGAGGCUUUAACUCUCAUUUUAAGAUCACCAAUUGCGCUGAAAAGACUUGACCUUGGGAACAUCGGAUUAACCGAAGAAGUAGCAAAGUCGUUGUCUGACGGGUUCAGAGCGUGUAACUCACUUGAGUAUUUGUGCCUUGCAGACAACAAAGAAAUCACUGGAUCGGUGUUACAGACUAUCUUGAGACCAAUUAAUAAGAACGCAUUGUUCAGACUUGAUAUUCGAUCGAUUGGAAUUAAUAGACAGGAUUCACCUAACGUCAUCCGUGCUAUCAUGGAGUUCCCCAAUCUGCAACAGAUCAUUAUGAAGAACAACGACAUCUCGUCUGGUGGAGCCAACUUCUGCAAUUUAGUCCAAAAGCUGAAAAAGCUUCAAGUCUUCGAUGUGAGAAACUGCCAACUUUCAAAGGAUAUUGUCCUUUCGAUAUUGAAAGGGUUGUGCGACAGUAGAGUCCUUAAAGAGUUGCAUUUGAGUGGAAAUGAAGGGAUGGGAAGUGUUAUUGAUUACAUCGCCGAUGUCACUGAAGAGGGCAAAAUCGCUAAAUUCCCUCCAAUCACUAAUUUGGGAGUUGCAAGCGUCGAUUUGUCUGUUGGUGACGUUAAAAAGCUCUUGAAGAUCAUGGCCAGACCAAUUAUCCACUUGAAUGCCAUCGACGUUUCUGGCACCAAAAUUAAAGGAGAUAUGUCGAAAAUAUUGGAAGUCUUAUUGGCUUAUGAGAAGACUAACACUUAUAUUUCUCAGCUUGGAAUUGACGACACCAACAUUUCCGACACGUCUAUUCCUUAUGUCAUUAACUACGUCUCUGCUACAACCAAGUUGACGAAAUUGAAAAUUGGGUAUAACACUUCAAUCUUCAAAAAAGGGAAUUACGCGUGCAUUGCUGAGAUGAUAAGAGGCAAUAAAACACUCAAGAACUUGCACAUCUGCGGUAUGAAUUUCCCACCAGAGCAGAUUGGCGCCAUCUUCGACGCGAUUGUAAACCACCCAUCUAUUGUCAAGUUGGCUUUGGACGGAAAUCCAGUCGGAAGUUAUAUGGACAAAAUUGCAGAGUUGUUGACUAUGAGCCAGCACUUGUUGGUGAUUAGAUUAAGAAAGUUGGAAUCGGUUACUAAGGACGAAAUUGUCGACUGGCUUAACAAUUCUCUUCCAGAGACCAUGUCUCUUGAAAAGAUGUGUUUGCAAGGAAACAAAGUUGUCUCGACGGAUGUCAAGAAAGCGAUGGACGAUCACCCACUGGUCCACUUUGAGUUCUAA